AUGUCGUGCACAUACCUGUCCGCGGGGUCCCGGGGGCUGCGCUCUCCGGGGGCCCCCGGGCCGUUCCCGUGCGGGUCUCUCUCGCUGCCGCCGCUGGGGCCCCCUGGGGCCCCCGGGGGCCCCUGCGGGCCCCACGGGGGCCCCCCGGGGGCCCCGCAGGAGGACGUGAGGGCCCCCGGAGACGAAGCCAGGUCCAGCAGCACGCUGAGGCCCCGGGAAAAGAGAACCCUGUGGGUGGGGGACCUGGACCGGGCGGGGGCCCCCGUGGACGAGGCCUAUGUGCGGCAGCAAAUGUUUUGGGAGUUCGGGGGGGCCCUUUUGGGGGUUAGGGUUUGCAGAGACCGCAGCAGCAGACAGCCAAGUUUUGCUUUUGUGGAGUUCAAGUCCCAAACCCUCGCGCAGUACAUUCUCGAGCACAUGAACGGCAAGUACGUCCCCGGCAAGCAGCACAAGUACCGCCUCAACUGGGCCUCCUUCAACCUCUCCGACAACCCGCAGCAGCAGCAGCAGCAGCAGCAGCAGCAGCAGCAGCAGCUGCAGGCCAUGCAGCAGCGGGGCGUCUACGCGAGGCCCCCGCAGCUUCACAGGCCACCAACGGCACUGCAGCUGGACGCAGAAGCAGCGCGUCGCGGGGAAACAGCUUCGGUGUGGGUGGGGAGUUUAGACCCUGGGACUUGUCGCGAAGAAAUCGAAGAACUUUUCCAAAACCACUACAGCAGCGUCGCCCUCGUCAAACUCAUCACCGACCCCAACACCGGCAGCUGCAAGGGCUUUGGCUUUGUGCAUUUCCUAGACCCUGAAGAAGCAGAAAGAAGUAUAGAAGAAAUGACAGGAGCCAUUUGCCACGGGAGAAGAAUUCGAGUUAAUAGAUCCCACAGCAGCAAAGCUGUGGGGGGCCCCCCAAUGGGGGCCCCCCUGGGGGCCCCCAUUGGCCCCCGGGGGCCCCCGGGGGUCCCCCCCGGGGGCCCCCCGGGGGGUCCCCCGGGGGCCCCCGGAAACCCCGCGCUGCAGGGAGACAGUCUCUUUAGAGCAGCAAUGCACAAGAUAUAUAGUGCAACAGCAAAAGAGGCGGAGAGAAAAGCUGCUGCUUGCUGCAGCUUGUCUGCUGCAGCAAAGCGGAAGCGGGGCGUGUGGGGAGCAGCAGGAGCAGCAGGAGCAGCAGCAGAGCCCCCGAAGCUGGUGGUGCGGGGCCUGGACUGCAGCAGCUGCAGCACGGAAGAGCUGGAGAGACACUUUAGUCCUUUUGGAGAAGUUUUGCAGAUUAGAUUGUCUCCAAAUGGAAAAGCAACUUUGAUUUUUGCUGAUGCUGCUGCUGCAGUGCAUGCGCUGCAGUGUAUGGACGGCGCAGCAGUGGGGACUGCUCGGGUGUCUCUCGAGCUCCAGGGCGAGCUGCCUCCCGACUGCGCUGCUGCUGCUGCUGCUGCUGCUGCUGCUGCAGGGGGCGACGCGGCUGGCUGGUGCGCCGGCGUCGAGCAGCAGCAGCUCGCCCUCGAGCAGCAGCAGAUCCAGCAGCAGCAGCUGCUGCGCCAGCAGCAGCAGCAGCAGCAGCAGCAAGCCGCCCAGUUCACGCACGCAGAGGCUGUGGGGCGCUGCUGCAGCAUGGAGCGGCACGCGUUUGCUGCUGCUGCUGCUGCUGCUGCUGCUGCGCCGUGUCAGCAGCAGCUGCCGACGGACGCAAGGGGCCACUUCGUGCUGCAGCCCGUCGACGACGAAGUUGCUGCUGCUGCUGCUGCCUUAGCAGCAGCAGCAAAAGUGCAGCUGCAGCAAAAGGUGGCGCGGGGGCUGCUGCUGCAGCCGCAGGAUCUCGAGUGUCUGUACACCUCAGAACCCGACUCUUGCUGCUGCUGA